CUUCUCUUCUCACUUCAAUCUCUAUCUCUCCACACGCACACGCACCCGCACAAAUUUCUCUUAAGUUUCCCUUCUGCAAGUGGACAUGGCGGAGACACAGAGGAGCAGCUCCUGCGACAGCCGGCAGGCGAGCCGGUUGCGAAACCUAUCGCCGCCGUCGAUGCAGAUCAGCCGGGUCUCGGAUUGGAAGAUUGCGAUCCCUCUGCUAUCACCCCUGGCGACGUCGCCAUCGUCGGAUCAUCUGACGGAGGAGGAGGUCAGAUACCGGAAUAAUCAGGUGACGAAGGAGGAGAUUGUGUUCAAGAAGUGGGUACACCCGGCGGCUCCGUUCGGCUAUGACCCGGCUCCACCACCACCACCACCAGCAGUGCCCUUUGUACUUAGCCGGCCGUAGAUUGAAUGCAGUGUAUAUCAAGUAGACAUAUAUGAUUGUUUAUUUAUUUAUUUUAUUAAUUUGGGAAACGUAUUUCGUAUUUUGCUUCCCUUAAAAUAUUUCAUUAGAAAGACUGGAAAUAUUAAUUUAAAGUUUUUGUGAGUU